UUGGAGUUCUCAGGGCACGUACGUGAAGAGAGAAAAAGAAACGACAUGAAAAUCUCAAUCGUGUGAUCAGGAGCAGAAUGCCAUAAUCAUAAUCGAGAAGAGUCCCAGGCAGGAAGCAAGAAGAGGUCCCUGUAAAGAAGAAAGAGGAGCCGAGAAAGAGGUUCCAAGCAGAAAAAGGACUGUAGCUGGCAGACCUUGAGUGAAGAAGGUUCGGGGAAGCCAUGGUGAUCAAAGAGGGUUAAGGAGAAGGCCUGGCAAUCAGAGGAAGCAGCAGGAAGCUGGUGACUCCAAGUUGCAGGCGAUUGGGAUGAAGUUAACCCUUUGGAACAGUAGUAUUCUGCUCAGUACGUUUGAAGAGCUGAUGUUAUGGUUGUGAGUUGGUGCUGGAGUACAGACUUGAGAAUUCAAGCAAACAGAGCCUUGAGACCAGAUGGAAACCUGCGAGUGGGCCUUCGUUGAGGCCAUCUGAAUUGGAGUGACUUCUUGGAGAGAAUUCCAAGGUGAGAUCUUUGAAGGUGAAGACUGGAAUCACUCGUGAGAGAUACAGAGUUUCAACAAGAUAAGGGUCAUAUGAAGAAGGGUCAUACAGACUCGAAAAGUUAACUCUGAUUCCCUCUCCACAGAUGCUGCUAGACCUGCUCAGCUGGCAAAGAAGCUACCUGCUACUCAACAUGAGCACUUUUCCCAAAGAGUUCAACUCAGCUGAAAACCCUUUGGCUAGUGUUGAAACAGAGUUUAUAAAGAAUCUCCAGCAACAGAUCUAUUACCUAGAACUCGAAGCCAACUUUCUUCGUGAUCAAUCAAAAAAAUCCACCAUACUCCUACCAAGAGUGGAAUUGGAAGCAGAGAGAAUGUUACAGAAACUACAGGAGAUGCGUUCUCAAGUUGAUGGUCUACGCAUAGAACUGAAAAGAAAAAAUGCCAAUUUAAUCAUGUUGCAGACUGAAAAAGAGAGACUUGGCAACCAAAUUAAGCUCUCAGAUGAUUCUCAUUUGAAGGAAAAGCAGUCUCUUGUGGAAGAGAUAGUGCAGCUGAAGAAGAUGAAGGAGCUCACAGACAUGGAGCUCUCACAUAAAGAAAUGGAAUUACUGCAGAGCAAGCAGGAACUGGAACGACAGGUCACUAAUCUAAAGAACAAUGAGCAUAAAGUUAUCAUUAUGAAGCAACAGAUUGAACAGAGGUCGGAGCAAGAGAAGAUGAAUGAGAUACAGCUAGGAGAGAAGUGUCUGGAGCUUUUAAAAGUCCAGUUAGCUCUCCAUGAAGUGGAAGAAAAGUACAAUUCCAAGACAGCUACCAUGCAGGAUAAAAUUACACGUGAUUUCAGAGAUGAGAUCUGUCAUCUUCACCAAAAACUCCAUGAGAAAGAGAUGAUGAGAGAGCAAGACUGCUUCCUCAGAAGCAAAAUGGCAGAUGACUGUGCUGCUAUGACCAAGGAGAAUGCUGUGUUAUAUUCACAGGCUCUUGAGCUUAAUAAGCAAUUAGAAAGGGAGAGGAUGCUGAAAGAAGAGACAGAUUUUUCCCGUACUUCCAGUGCAGUUCAACUGGUCACUGUAAAAAGCAAAGAAGAACAAUUGCGGUAUGAAGUUAAAAGGCAUAAGGAGCUCCUGGAAAUUGAGAAAAGAAAAUUUAAGGAGCUAAUGGAAAAGAUUCUGCUCCUUGAACAAGUGAAGACCUACGUUGAACUGAUUGAGGCCACUGUGCGUAGUCGUGUGGCUGAGACAGAAUACAGAUUUGUAAGUGGUGAAGAAGAGAACGUCCAGCUGCAAAGGGACAAAGCACUAUUGGUUGACCUUAUUACUGAUUUACAGAUUCAGCUUUCGAGUAAAGAGAAAGAGCUCUCCCAAAUCUACUCGGAAAUACAAUUGUUUGAUCAGGACAUUUCCACUCUGAAGUCACAGAAUGCUCUGGAACAGUCACUUGGCUCUGAAAAAUGGCAGGAACUCUCCAGAGUGUCCCGUUGUAUGAUGGAAUUAACUGGGCCAAUAAGGAGAAACACUAAAACUAAGGCUUACUAAUAUUUGAGUCAAUUUACAAUGUGAUUUACAGCAAGAUAUUGAUGAAAUAUAUAAGCAAGAGCAUAUGUAUCUUGAAAUACAUUAAUAUGAAUUUUCCUUUGAAAACUAACGAUUUUCAAUUUGUUGCAAACCUGGUUUUUGUUUAUAGGACACCAAUAACCUGUCAUGUGUAACAAAUAAUGUUGCUCUGUUUGCUCCCUUAA